GUGGCUAACAUGCUAACUUUUCCUUCACGUUACCGUGAGAUGCAGCCGGAGUUCAGCAGCAGAGCCUGCAUGUGAGGAUCAACGUGUUUAAGUGGACUCUGUUUAAACUUUCGGGAUGUUUCACCUCAGACUCAUCUCCUGUUAGCCAAGAAUGCUAAAGGAAGUUAGCUUGUUAGCAGGAAGUAGCCGGAGCCGGAGCUCGGCCUCACAGUCGGAGCAGCUUCCAUAGAGACCAAACUGUAUUUUUCACGGAGCCCAAAUGUCCAAAUGUCCAGAUAGAGCUGUCUGAAUAGACUCUGUGCUGUUCCCUUUAUCUGAACAUGUUUAACAUCUGAAUUAUCUCCCGGUGUCCUACGAAGCUAAUGCAGUUAGCUUAGCUUGCUAGCUGGAAACAGUCUGGAGGAAAAGCUGCUGUGAAUCAGUAAAAAUGUCUAAAGUGGAGAACGAGGAGGAACUUUGUGGACAACGCAAACUACUGGACGCUGUUUUCAAGCCUGGAGCAGACGUCCAGCUGCUGUUGGUGAGUAAAGAAGAGGUUUCCCCUGACCAGCAGGAGUGGAGCCCCAGUCUGGACCAGGAGGACCCACCAGAGCCCCCACAUGUUAAAGAUGAGUGGAGCCCCAGUCUGGACCAGGAGGACCCACCAGAGCCCCCACAUGUUAAAGAUGAGUGGAGCCCCAGUCUGGACCAGGAGGACCCACCAGAGCCCUCACACAUUAAAGAAGAAAAGGAGGAACUCUGGAUCAGUCAGGAGGGAGAGCAGCUUCGAGGGAUGGAAGAGGCUGAUACCACCAAGUUCACAUUCACUCCUGUCCCGGUGAAGAGUGAAGAAGACAAUGAAGAGAAACCUCAGUCCUCACAGCUUCAUCAAAGACUAACUCAACUGAUCAAAAUAGAAGGUGAUGAGGAGGACUGUGGAGGACCAGAACCAGCCAGGAACUCUGAUCCAGAUAGACAUUUACAACCAGAUACUCAUGAUAAGACUUCACACUCCUCUGAACCUGAGUCUGAUGACAGUUUUGAUUGGGAGGAGAUAAAGAAACAUGCUGAAUGUGCUACAAGCUUUGGUAACGAGGAACAUCUACAGGAACAUAAUGGACUCCAAACCGGAGAGAAGCCAUUUAGUUGCUCAGUUUGUGGUAAAAGAUUCCUCUGGAAGAACUCCUUAAGUAGUCACAUGAAACUUCAUUCAGAAAGAAAACAUUUCCGCUGCUCAGUUUGUAAAAAGACUUUUCAACGGAGAGAUACUGGUAUGAGGCACAUGAGAAUCCACACAGGGGAGAAACCUUUCACUUGUUCAGUUUGUGGUAAAGGAUUUUCACAAAAGGAACAUCUGAGACAACACAUGAGAGUCCACACAGGGGAGAAGCCAUUUAGUUGUUCUGUCUGUGGUAGAAGAUUCACACAAAGCUCAGCUCUGACCACACAUUUAAGAGUUCAUACAGGAGAAAAACCUUUCAGUUGCUCAGUUUGUAAAACAGGUUUCAGGCGCAGAGGUGAUUUGUUCCAACACAUGAGAACCCACACAGGGGAGAAACCAUUUAGUUGUUCUGUCUGUGGAAAAGGAUUUGGACAAAAGAUACAGCUUAGACGCCACUUGACUGUCCACACAGCAGUUCUGUCUGUGGGGAAGGAUUAAAAGUAAGCUCAGGUUUGAUUAGACACUAAAGAGUUCAUACAGGAGAAAGACCAGCUGGCCAGUUUGUAAAACAAGUUUCAGAAGCAAUUUGUUCCAAAACAAGAGAAUGCAUACUGGGUAUAGACUAGGGGUGUGGGGACAAAUUGAGACCGCAUAGUAUUACGAUAUUUUCCGUGGCAAUACUGUAUCGAUACACGGACGGCAAGGAUUGAUCUUUCAUAAUAUCAAUUGAACAUGAGAAUUCAACUUUUUGGUACUAGAAU